UUCACCCAAUUGAACAUUUUUAAACAUUGACGUGCAUGUGCAAAUCAAUCACAUCUGUAGGACCCUGAAGGAGUUCAGGUCAGAAUGGAGGAAGGGAAGCAGACAGUGAGCCUGUCUGCCCUCUGCUUUAUAUCAGACCAUGAAGGUUUCCAGGGCAACAUCAAAAACUCAACCACUGACUUCAUAGUAACUGAAAUAAAUAUCAAUGGCCAGCUUGUGACUCGAGCAGAUUCAUGUGAGAAUGUCUCCCACCUGUUGGCUGACAAUGGCAGGAUGUGUCUCAAUGAAAAAUCAAAACCUGAGGAAAAUUCAAGUCCCGUAGCAGCUGGUAACAGCAGAGAGGAGACACUGGCAGCUCAAGAUGGGGCUGAUGGUGAUGUAGUAGCCCAUACAGACGCUGACAACAGUGCUGAACGUGAUGACGAAGAAUGCUUUGAUCUGGAGGUACUUUUGGGUCGGGCAGUUAAUGAAAAGCUGGAGGAGUUUGCAGCAUCAGUUAGAUUGUGCUCUGGUUCCCGAGUGGGUGAAACGCUGGCCAGCAGAGAAUUAUCACUGGGCACGUUUCCAGGGAAACACCAGCGGGCCAGUGUUCACCGCGCAGUCCGCCAUAACUUCCCCUUCUUAAUGACACUCACGAACGGAACGGAGAUUCUCGUGAAGGAGGACUCCAAUUUUAAAGAGCUCCUGCAGCUGGUUUCAGAGACCGAAGCGGAGGAUUUCUUCAGGUUUAUAGACGCCAAAGUUCCUAAUUCAUUGUUUACAUUCAAGCAAGAUGACAGCAAGGAGCACAGGAGGGCGGUGCAUCAUUUUGUCAGCAAACGCUUUGGGAAGCUGGUGGAAACCAAGAGCUUUAGUGACAUCAGCAGUCCUGGCCAGCAGAAAACGGCCAUCACCGUUCGACUCAGAGGGAGAACCAGACCAGCCAAGAAGAGGACGGCAGCUGACUGUGAGGAAGAAAGCGCCAGGUACACAGGUUUCACUCUGAGGAAAGAGAACCUGGAGACGCUGGAGGCCAUCAGCCACGUGGCUGCAGCACUGGGAGUGCUUCCCUCAGACUUCACCUAUGCCGGCAUCAAAGACAAGAGAGCUGUCACCUCCCAGUCCAUGGUGGUGAAGAAAGUCUCCCCAGAAUGGCUGAAGGAGAAGAGCUCGGAGUUUGAGAAGAGGGGGAUACACCUGUCCCAUAUCCGUCCUGUCUCUGAGCCUCUUCAUCUUGGGAGGCUCCAGGGGAACCACUUUGACCUCAUCGUCAGAGGCGUGAGACCCCACGGUGCUGACCCCACGGCUGACCUGCCAGCGCUGGUGCAGCAGGCCGUGGACAACGUCAAAGCCAAAGGCUUUGUGAAUUACUAUGGGCCCCAGAGGUUUGGAACUGGACAGAGUAUCCAGGCUGACCAGAUCGGACUGGCUCUGCUAAAGGAAGAAAUGUUGACUGCUGUCAGGCUGUUCUUUACCCCAGAGGAAGGGGACGACCCCCAGAGCAGAGCCAAGCGCCACUUCCUCCAGACUGAGAACGCCAAAGAGAGCCUGGCCCUCAUGCCUGAGUACAAGGUUCGCGAGCGUCUGAUGCUGCGGGCGCUGCACCGCUACGGGGCGGGGCCGGAGGGCUGCACGCGUGGCUGGCUCAGCCUCCCACACGCCAUGCGCGUCUUCUACAUACACGCCUACUGCAGCAGGGUGUGGAACGAGAGCGCCUCCUACAGGCUGCAGCGGCUGGGGCACAGAGCCGUGCAGGGAGACCUGGUGUGGGCCACAGGGCGGGGGGGCGAUGGUGGGGAGCAGAGCCCCCAACGGAUCCAUGUGGUGACUGCAGCAGAGGAGGCAGAUGGUGUGUACUCACUGGACCAGGUGGUUCUUCCCAUGCCGGGGAACAGUGUGAGGUACCCCGAGAACGCAGUGGGGGGCUGGUACCAGGAGAGGCUGCAGAGGGACGGCCUACAGGGCUGCAGGUACCGAGUCGCACCGCUGAAGCUGAACAUUCCGGGGUGCUACCGCCCCCUGCUGGCGUACCCCAGGAACCUGACGCACCGACUGCAGGGACUCCCGGCACAGAGUGCCUCUGCGUUACAGCCCCACGCGGCUCCCAGCCUGGCUCUGUCCUUCGAUCUGGAGGCCUCCUGCUACGCCACUGUCUGCCUCAGGGAGGUUAUGAAGUGCGACCCGUAGCAGGAGGGACACUCACAC